GUAGAGUUUCUGCUGAAAUGGAAGGGGUUCUCAGAUGAGGAUAACGCAUGGGAGCCACAAGACAACCUGGACUGCCCCGACCAUAUCGCCGAGUACAUGCAGAAACACAAGAGGAAGGAGGGCAAGAGGAAAGUUGUCAGUGAGGCCUCGGGAGACUCAGAGGAGCGAGGGAGCAAGAGGAAGAAGGAGGAGGAGCACUCAGCAGACGUCAAGCUGGCGACCAUAGCAGGAAAGACAUCUGCUCACGACCAUUCUGUUACAUCUACCCUCAACAUUUGGUGGCAGUGGUUUCUGGGUUAACAGUGUCCGACCAGCACUCUAAGGGUCAAGAUGGAUGAAGGCGGAGCGGGGAAGGCAACCCCUAGCGAUGGUUUGGCUAUGGGGUCCAGGCCCAAAUCUACGGCGUCGGUCCGGCCUCCCUCUCCGGGGGAGGAAGACCGGACGGAUUGCUUGGAGAAAGUUGUGAGAGUGAUGGUGGAGUCUCAGCGGCAUCAGCAGGACCAGAUGGAGGCCGAGGCGCUUCGUCAAGACCGGAGAUUUAAAGGAGUGGAGCACCAGUUCAGGCAACUGCAGCAACUGGUGAGAGACGAGUCGGCAUUAACACAGGCGAUGGGACAGACACUCGCUGGAAGGCAGCAGGUGGACCCGCCCGACUCCCGCCCUUCGGCAGCCUCCGAUCCGCUCUACAACAUGUCAUUUCUGGAUGUGCCAUCUCCUCAGCCACGUCCAGGUCAGCACACAACACACAGGAUGCAGAGCUCCCUCGACUCCACAGUUCUCGGCCUUGCUGCACCUCUAUACCUCCAACAGGGGUGGACGCCCUCUAGGCUGUCCUGCUAUGAAGAGGACGAAGAUAUUGAGAACUAUUUGACCACCUUUGAAAGGCUGGCAGCAGCAAGUCAGUGGCCACCUGAGACUUGGGCAUUGUACUUGGUGCCUUUGUUAAAGGGUAAGGCCAGAUCUGCCUACGUAGCCAUGAGUUUGGCAGUUAGCCGUGACUACAUGAAAGUGAAGUAGGCCGUUCUCGACAAGUACAACAUCAGCGCCGAGACUUACCGCCAACAUUUCCGGUCCAAGACCGUCGUGGAAGGUGAGACGGCAAAAGAACUUCAAGCCCAGCUGAAGGACCUGAUGGGCAAAUGGCUAGUUCCAGAGUUACUGACUAAUGAGGAGGUGUGUGACCGAAUCAUGCUGGAGCAGUUCCUGGACGUGCUGCACCCCGAGCUUCAAGUAUGGGUGAGAAACCACACCGCUGCCUCGUCGGCGCAAGCUGCAGACCUGGUGGAGACUUUCAUGGCCGCCAGACAAUCCAGAAGAAGCCCACAACAGCAGAACUGGAGAAGACCCUACCAAGCAGCACAGCAGGAGCCAGACAAGACAUUCCCUGGUAAGUCUGUGGGUGGUAGUGGUCGUGGGUUUAAGCCCUCCAAUAGCCCCAAUAGCCCCGGUGUUGGCACCACUUCAGCUAGAGCGCCUAGGGUACUUCUAUGCCAUGGUUGUGGCCAACCAGGUCGCAUUAGGCCCAAUUACACAGUGAAGAGAAUGUCUGAUUCCAGAAUAUGUUACAUACCUGGCCAUAGCAAGCACUUUGCUGGUACUACUUCUGAUGUAACAGUCCCUGUGAAGUUAAGUGGAAAGACCUUAGUUGAUACAGGAAGUAGUCUUACAUCGUUUUUUCUUAAGUCCUGUUUGAAGUCUGAUUUCAAGCCUGUGGGCAAAGUGAGGGUCAGCUGCAUCCAUGGUGAUGAGUCUGAGCACCAAACAGACGAGGUUCUCAUUGAGAUUAAUGGCCAGAAGUACUUAACUGUAGGGAUUUUGGAUAAAUGCCCUUACCCAGUGAUUCUAGGCCAGGAUGUAGCAGUUCUUACAGAGCUAUUACAAAGUGUGGACACAGUUGAUGCUUAUGUUACAACUAGAGCCCAGGCCAGAGUUGGACCAGACACAGAUGUUUGGUCAGAGUUACCCUUUGAAAGUUGUCCUGGUGGAAAACCUAAAAAAUUCAAAGCAGAGAGGCGCAGAGCGAAAGUGUCAGGUACAGCGAUGCAGUCUGUUCUCCCCACAGUUAGAGGGCACUGAAGCCUUUUGUGAGGAUU